AUGGCUCAGAGGAACACAUACUUUAUUCUGGUCUCCUGCCUGGUAUACUUGUCUCCAAGCCAAGGCCAGGAAGCUGAGGAAGACCUGCCCUCUGCCCGCAUCACCUGCCCAGAAGGUGCCAAUGCUUAUGGUUCCUACUGUUACUACUUCAUGGAAGAGCGCAUGACCUGGGCUGAUGCAGAUCUCUUUUGCCAGAACAUGAAUUCCGGCUACUUGGUGUCUGUCCUCAACCAGGCUGAGGGCAACUUUUUGGCUUCUCUGAUUAAGGAGAGUGGGACUACAGAUUCUUUUGUUUGGAUCGGUCUCCAUGAUCCCAAACGGAACCGACGUUGGCACUGGAGCAGUGGGUCCCUGUCUAUCUACAAAUCCUGGGCCACUGGAGCACCAAACAGUGCGAAUCGUGGUUAUUGUGGGACCCUAACUUCAAAAACAGGAUACAAGAAAUGGAAGGAUGAGUCAUGUGACUCUCUGUACUCUUUUGUCUGCAAGUUCUGA